CAAAUUUAAACGUUUCAGUUUUAGGAUAAAACACAAGACGAUAACAAGUUUAAUUUUUAUUAUUUAUUAGGUUCUUUGUGUUAAUUUUUUUUCUUGUGAUAGUGUUUUGUUUAAAUGACAAUAUGAAGUCAUUUUUGUUCUUAAGUGUUUUAAUUUAUCUAAGUGUCUUCAAUUCUAUUGAGGGCAUUGAUUUGGGUUUGAAAAAUAUUGUGGAUUCGGCGAAAGAUGUUACGGCUGGUAUGGCCAAGGAUUUAACCAAUAAGCUGCCCACGGCAAAGGGCCUUUUCGAGACGAGCAAACAAUUGGUUGCUGGUUAUCCAUUUGAGUUUGUAUCGACUUCGAUUAAUAAGAUGUGUUCCUCUGCCCUAUCAUCGCAAGCUGUAACUCCGAAAUAUUUGCCCGACAUCAAUAAAAUGCAUUUCCAAUUGAGAACAGCUUGUAAUCGUUACAAUUAUCCCCUACUAAAGGCAAAUGAUAUGUGGACUAGUAAGGAAUUUAAUCCCAAAAAUAAGGUAGUAUUAUUAGUCACCGGUUGGACCACCUCGGUAGAUGAUGAUGAAACCAUAGCCCUGUUCGCUAAAGCCUAUAGUUGCCGUGGUGGAGUAAACUUUGUGGCCCUCGAUGCUGCCGGUUUUAUUGAGACUCUUUACUCAUGGUCAGCUUUUAACACCGAAGCCUUGGGCAUGCAUAUUGCUGAUGGCCUGAAGCAGUUAGCUGAGAUAGUGCCGGUAGAGAAUAUACAUUUAAUAGGUCAUAGUUUGGGUGCUCAUAUAGUGGGUGCUGCUGGUCGCCAUUUUGAAUUGAAAACCAAAAAGACCAUACCACGUAUUACCGGCUUAGAUCCUGCCAAACCCUGCUUUAAUGAAGGCGAAGCUUUGUCGGGUUUACUAAGAGGUGAUGCUGAUUUUAUUGAUAUUAUACACACUAAUUCUGGUGUUUUGGGUAAACGUGAUCCCUUGGGUGAUAUUGAUUUCUAUCCCGGUGGCUUGGAUCCUCUACCUCCCGGCUGUGUGGGUAUAUCUUGUGCUCAUGCCAGAGCUUGGGUCUACUAUGCUGAGACUAUUUAUCCUGGUAACGAGAAAAAUUUCAUGGGUACCCGUUGCAGCUCUCUAACACGUUUGCGUGAGGGUAAAUGCCCCGGCAAGGAGGUGCCCAUGGGUUAUGCUGUGCCCACCGAUGCUAAGGGUAAUUAUUUCAUGGAAGUACGUGCUAAUGCUCCUUACGGCAUGAACGGUAAUAAACAUGAUCUAUUGAAAUAUGAGAAAUGUGGUGCCUGUGAGGAGACUGAUAAUAGGAAGAAAUCUGAAUAAUGAGAUUUACUUGGAGGUUCUUUUCACCCCUCCUAGGAGGCAAUUUUUGAUUGAUUGUAUUACUUGAUUAUUUAUUCUUUUUGUGUUUGUCUAAAAAUGUUAAUGUGUGUUUUUUAUUAUUUUUAUUAUUCUAAAAACUAAAUUAUGUGUAUACUUUUUUUUUGAGGAUUUAAAUUGUGAUUAAAUUGAUAAACUUUAAACUUGUUUGUGAUUUGAAAUAAAACUAUUUUAUGUCUUGUGUGAACUUAUGAAAACUAAAA